CCCUUCAUUCAUUUUCUGAAGCAUGGUAAAAAUAUGAAAAAUUUGGAGCUGACAUUGGUGCAAACCUUGACUGGACAUCAAGAUACUGUUUGGGAUAUUGCAUGGGAUCCAACAGGAAAUUAUUUAGCGUCUUGUGGAACAGAUAAAAUUAUUAGAAUAUGGGGCAUUGAAAAUCAAAAUAAUUGGGGAUGCAAAUUAGGCUUGGAUGAGGGUCACACACGAACUAUUAGAUCUAUUUCAUGGUCACCAAAUGGUAAACUUUUGGCUUCAGUAAGUUUUGAUGCAACCACAUGUAUAUGGGAGAAGACAAAUGAAUCAUUCGAAUCAUUAGCUACAUUAGAGGGUCAUGAAAAUGAAGUGAAAUCGGCCAGCUUCUCACCUUCUGGUAAUUAUUUAGCUACCUGUGGUAGGGAUAAAACUGUAUGGAUUUGGGAAAUUGACGAGGAUAAUGAAUUCGAAUGUUCGGGCGUUUUAAAUAUCCAUACCCAAGAUGUUAAAAGCGUGUCAUGGCAUUCAACACUUGAUAUACUCUUAUCAUGUGGAUACGAUGAUACAUGCAAAUUACAUCAUUGUCCAUCAAGCAAUUUAAAUAGCGUUGGUGAAUGGGAAACUAUAACUAGCCUCGACGCGCAUACGUCCACUGUUUGGUCUGCCAAAUUCCAACCUAACAUAGGUCAAUCUGAGGUUCUUGGAGAUCUUGACCAAUCGGAAGUGACCACUAUUGAUGAGAAGAAUUUCGAUAGGUUAAUAGCGACAUGCGGAGCCGAUAAGAGCCUUAAGAUAUGGGCUUGUAAUGGAAAAAUUGACUCCGGGCAAUGGAAGUUGAUCAAUUCUUAUGAUAAUUUACAUACUCGAGCAAUAUACGAUUUAGAUUGGCAUCCUACCCUCAAUAUAAUAGCCACGUGUGGAGCCGAUAAUACAAUAAUCCUUACUACCUUAGAUCACAAUUCUAAACCCCAUCAAGGAGGAGACGUAGAAGAAAGCUGCGUCGGUAAAACAUAUGUUGAUUCAAAUUUUAUCGCUCCUAAACCAUAUAAGUUAUCGAACGCUCAUUCAGAAGAUAUUAACGCUAUAAGAUGGAACCCUAAGCAUCACGAUUUAGUGGCCACUUGUUCCGACGAUUCAACCAUCAAAAUUUGGAGACUAGUGUUUCAAGAAGAUAGCAAAUGACAAGUUCUCUAGCGUUGAGUUACUUUUUGUUGGUCUGUAAGAAUUCGUUGUACCUCUUCUAUGAUAAAGGAGCUACAAAUAUAUAUCGCUUAAAUUAAAAUAUCACACAAUGCAUUUCUGAUAUUUAAUGUUGGAAAAGACUUAAUAAUUACCUAUCCCCAAUUAACAAAAUGUUGGAUUGAAUACUUCGUUCCCUUAAUUUAAAAUAAAUAAGCAUUAGUAAAAAUUAUACAAAGACACUGUUAGUAUUAAAAUGAUUAUA